AUGGGUCAGCGCCUAAGUGAGGAUUGUGACCCAGACAAGGAAAUUGAUGUGGCAGAGCUGCAGGAAUGGUACAAAAAAUUUGUUGUGGAGUGCCCAAGUGGAACUCUAUUCAUGCACGAGUUUAAGGGAUUUUUUGGCGUUACUGAAAACAAGGAGGCCGCAGAUUACAUUGAAAACAUGUUUCGAGCCUUUGACAAGAACGGCGACAACACCAUUGACUUUCUGGAGUAUGUGGCAGCCUUGAACUUAGUCCUGAGAGGCAAACUGGAACAUAAGCUAAAAUGGACAUUCAAAAUGUAUGAUAAGGAUGGAAGCGGAUGCAUUGAUAAAACUGAGCUUCUUGAAAUUGUAGAGUCUAUUUAUCGACUGAAGAAAGCCUGCCACGGAGAGCUGGAUGAGGAAUGUAAUCUGCUGACCCCAGACCAAGUGGUUGACCGGAUAUUUGAGCUGGUUGAUGAAAAUGGAGAUGGGGAGCUCUCGCUGGAUGAGUUCAUCGAUGGAGCACGGAGGGACAAGUGGGUGAUGAAGAUGCUGCAGAUGGACGUCAAUCCCGGGGACUGGAUGGGCGAGCGGAGACGCAGUUCUGACUCCUGA